CUUGCACUCUUCAAAACAUUGCUAAUCUUACUCUUCUUCAAUCUAAUUUCAUAUCAAAUCCAUGGCUACCACUAUGGUUUUGCAAUCUUACUACAUUAAUGUAGUGAUCUUAUUGAUUCUGGCAUUGGCUAGUACUUUCAAAGGAACCGAAGCUCAACGCGCUUUCUUUGUUUUCGGUGAUUCUCUUGUUGACAAUGGCAACAACAAUUACUUAGCAACUACGGCUCGUGCUGACGCUUAUCCGUAUGGUAUUGAUUAUCCAACUCGUAGACCCACCGGACGUUUCUCUAACGGCCGCAACAUUCCUGACUUUAUCAGUGAAGCGAUUGGGGCUGAACCAACUUUGCCUUACUUAAGUCCUCAGCUUAACGGCCAAAGAUUGCUCGUUGGCGCGAAUUUUGCGUCUGCUGGCAUUGGAAUUCUCAAUGACACUGGAAUUCAAUUUGUAAACAUAAUUAGAAUCUUUAGGCAAUUACAGUAUUUUCAAGAAUACCAGCAGAGAGUGAGUCGUCUUAUUGGACCUGCAAGAACUCAGAGAUUAGUUAAUGGAGCAUUAGUACUAAUCACUCUUGGAGGAAAUGAUUUCGUGAAUAAUUAUUAUUUGGUGCCUUAUUCCGCAAGAUCGCGCCAAUACUCUUUACCCGAUUAUGUCAGAUAUAUCAUAUCUGAAUACAAGAAGAUUCUAAGGAGGCUACAUGAUCUUGGAGCAAGGAGGGUGAUAGUGACAGGAACUGGUCCAAUUGGUUGUGUUCCAGCAGAAUUAGCUCAAAGAAGCACAAAUGGAGAAUGCUCACCUGAGCUACAACGUGCAGCAGGAUUGUUCAAUCCACAACUUAUUCAAAUCAUCCAACAACUCAACAAUGAAAUUGGCGAAAAUGUUUUCAUGGGAGCAAACACCAGACAAAUGGCUCUCAACUUCGUCACUAACCCCGGAGCAUACGGAUUUGUGACAUCAAAGGUAGCAUGUUGUGGACAAGGACCCUACAAUGGGCUUGGGCUAUGCACACCACUCUCAAAUCUAUGUCCAAAUCGUGACAUUUAUGCAUUUUGGGAUGCUUUCCAUCCAUCAGAAAAGGCUAACAGAAUUAUCGUUAAUCAAAUCAUGUCAGGCACAACAGAAUAUAUGUAUCCAAUGAAUCUCAGCACUGCUUUAACAUUGGAUUCCAACAAAAACAUAUAGCUAAUUAAUUUGAUUUUUUAGUAUUGCUGCAACUUUUUUAUAUCUUAAAAAAAGUUUUAUUUGUUAAUUUGUGAUUUUUAUGUAUAAGUUGAAUUGAGUUAAUGUACUAGUAGUGGAUGGAUGAGGAUGAGUACUGUCUUUAUUAUGAAUCUCUAUUCGCAGUGUAAAAGCCAGCCACUGCAUAUAUAAUAAUUGAGUGUUUUUUUGUGUCCAA